UGAAGGGGGCUGAGGUGGGAAUGGGUAGCCCCCAUCACCUUUCCCGUGCAGCUGCUGGAGGGGCCAGGCUGCUGCAGCCAUCCCAAAAAGCUAUGCUCCCUUCUGUCUGGCCCGACGUACUGGGAGACAGGAAGAUGCCCUCAGCACCAGCCCCACCUACCCUGUGCCAGGCCCCCAGAAUCCCGCUGCCCCAGGCCUUGCUUGAGCAGAGCUGCUUUUCCACAUGCAGACGUGCCCUAGCAGGAAUUCUCCCCACACUCCCUCCUGCCCCCCGCCCCCACCUGCCCCAGCAUCUGUCCCUUCCCUGGCUCCAGACUUGCCCCAGCCAGUCCCCAGAGGGUUUUCAUCCCUACCACGCCAGUGCCACCGUCUUCUCCAGGCCACCUGCCUGGAGUCCUUGGUGAAUCUUUUGUCCUGUCCAGCAUUUACAGAAAGGAAGGCCAGAACCUCACCCCGCUCUCCUCCCCAGCCUGGAAUCGGGAGGGGGGGCCGGCACCCACCCCUGAGUGGGCUUAGCCAGCACGGAGAGGAGUGAGGGUGAGAGGGCUGCCCGAGGGUGGGCACCAUGGAGAGGCCCGUGAGGCCUUCCAGGGGCAUGUCAGGGCACAUCCAAGGCUGUGCUUCCUGGGGGAGGUGGCAUCUGAGCAACUUUCGUCCACAGGCAUGUUCCUGCUUGUCCUGCCCAACCACCCUGGCCUUUGUUCCCCAGGAGGGCAGCCGAGCUGGGGCCCUGGCAGCCACAGGGGAGGAGCGUGUUGGGCAGGGGCUGUGCCUGAAGGCAGGGCCUUCCUAAGUGGCUGAGUAAAUAAACAGCUUCAGGUGUUCUCAGCCUGGCCCAGGGGACCAGCUGUGUUCUCCCACCCCCUGCAAGGCUGAAGCUGCCGCCUUUCAGCAGCGCACUCUCCACCCCAAAGCUUGCAGAAGGCACUUUGUGAAGAAGGUCAGCAGGCUGAGCCUGGGCCAGAACCCAUCUGCAGAGGACCCCCAGCCAGAGCAGAAAGCUCCUGGGCCAGCUCCCUUAGAUGGACUCCCAGAGGCCUGAGCCCAGAGAGGAGGAGGAGGAACAGGAACUGCAGUGGAUGGAGCUGGACUCCAAAGAGGCCCUGGGAACCAGGACAGAGGAGCCUAGUGUCUUCCAGGGCUGGGGGCACCUACUCCGGGCCGUGUGGAGGGGCCCUAUAGGCCUGGUGAUGCAGCUGCUGCGGCAAGGGGCCAGCGUGGAGGAGAGACCAGGGCGGGACCCGAGGCCCGGGGCUUGGCUUCAUGCUGGUGGCAGCAACAGACUCUCUGCCAGCGCCCGGCUUGACAUUGAGGUGCUGCUGGGCCACGGGGCAGACCCAGCCAUCAGGGACAGGCAUGGCCGCUCUGCGCUGCACAGGGCUGCCGCCCGGGGACACCUGCCCACCGUCCAGCUGCUGGUCACCCAGGGGGCUAAGGUGGAUGCGCGGGACACCCUGGGCUUCACGCCCCUACACCACGCCUCUAGGGAAGGCCACGCGGAGGUUGCCAGCUGCCUCCUGGACAGGGGCGCCCAGGUGGAUGCUACCGGCUGGCUCCGAAAGACCCCCCUACACCUGGCUGCAGAGCGAGGGCAUGGCCCUACCAUGGCACUUUUGCUGAGCCGAGGGGCCAGCCCCACCCUGCGGACGCAGUGGGCUGAGGUGGCCCAGAUGCCUGAGGGGGGCUGGCCCCAGGUGCUUCCUGAACUUGGAGAGGGGCAGGAGUAUGAGGGCACAGAGCGCACGGGCUGAGCCAGAUAGCAGGCUCUGGGCUCCACUGCCCCAGCAAUUUCCAGGCUCUCUGGCUGAGGCUGCCUGCCUGGAGGGAACAUCAGGGGAGAGGCUCCCGGAGGAGGGGGUGGGAGAAAGCGGGG